UAGUGGAUGCAGUGUUGUCACUGGGCUGAAUUUUUGUCGGUCAAUUUAUAUUACCCGAACCUCCUUAAAGCAGUUUUGAAUCUGUGAUUUCGCUUCAUGAGCUCAGUUUAGUGUUUCUGAAUACAAGCUGGUGUGUAUGAAGGGCAUUUUUCGGCGAUGUUCGGGCUUGUUUUGUGUCUCUUGUGUUUGCUAAACAUUACCGGCCCGGGUCUCGGUUACUUUCCCGAGGAGCGCUGGAGUCCCGAGUCUCCUCUUCUGGCUCCCAGGGUCGUUAUUGCACUCAUCUGCCGAAAUUCGGCCCAUUCCCUGCCUUAUUUCCUCGGAACCAUUGAGCGAUUGAAUUACCCCAAGGACCGCAUCGCACUUUGGGUUGCGACCGAUCAUAAUGCAGACAACACGACGUAUAUGCUCCGAGACUGGCUCGUCAGCGUACAGAAGCUGUACCACUACGUGGAGUGGAGACCUAAAGAGGAGCCCAGUGCAUACGAUGACGAGGAAGGACCCAAACACUGGACAAAUCACCGAUACGCUCACGUGAUGAAGCUGCGUCAGGCUGCACUCGAAUCAGCCCGAGAGAUGUGGGCUGACUAUUUAAUGAUGGUUGACUGUGACAAUCUCCUGAUAAACCAGGAUGUGUUAUGGAAGCUGAUUAAAGAGAAUAAGACCAUCGUUGCCCCGAUGCUGGAGUCUCGAGCAGCUUACUCCAACUUCUGGUGUGGUAUGACCGCUCAGGGUUAUUAUAAGCGCACGCCUGCGUACAUACCGAUACGCAAGCAGGUGAGGAAAGGCUGCUUCCCUGUGCCCAUGGUUCACUCCACCUUCCUGGUGGAUCUGCGCAAAGAAGCGUCCACACUUCUGGCAUUUCACCCUCCGCACGACGACUACAACUGGGCCUUCGACGACAUUAUAGUUUUCGCCUUCUCAGCUCGAAUGGCAGAGGUGCAAAUGUUUGUGUGUAACAAAGAGACGUAUGGGUUUUUGCCUGUUCCCCUGCGCUCCCACAACACUUUUCAGGAUGAAGCCGACAGCUUCCUUCAUUCUGUCCUGGAGAUAAACGUGCGUCAUCCCCCAAUAGAACCCUCCCGGUAUCUCCGCCCGCCUGUCAGUCAGACCGAUAAGAUGGGCUUUGAUGAGGUGUUCAUGAUAAACCUGCAGCGCCGGGCGGAUCGGCGGGUUCGCAUGCUCAGAGCGCUCCGCAUGCAGGGGAUCGACUGCAAGAUCGUGGCUGCUGUCGAUGGCAAAGCUAUGAAUGUGAGUGAGAUACACAGUUUGGGGAUUCACAUGCUGCCAGGCUACAGCGACCCCUACCACGGCCGGCCUCUCACAAAAGGAGAGCUGGGCUGCUUUCUUUCCCACUACAACAUCUGGAAGGAGAUUGUCGAGCGUGGACUGAAGACUUCCCUGGUGAUCGAGGACGAUCUGCGGUUUGAGAUUUUCUUCAAGCGCCGUCUGAAGAAUCUGAUGAGUGAGGUGGAAAGAGAGGGACUCGACUGGGACCUGAUUUACAUCGGGAGAAAGAGGAUGCAGGUGGACCAUCAGGAGAAAGCCGUGCCAAACAUACACAACCUGGUGGAGGCAGACUAUUCUUACUGGACUCUGGGAUACAUGAUGUCAUUACAAGGAGCUAAAAAGCUGCUGAAGGCAGAGCCUCUGAGCAAGAUGCUGCCUGUGGAUGAAUUUCUUCCUGUCAUGUUCAAUAAACAUCCUGUCUCAGACUACAUGGAGCAGUUUGAGACGCGAGACCUGAAGGCAUUCUCGGCCGAGCCCCUGCUGGUUUAUCCAACUCAUUACACCGGUGAACCGGGCUAUAUUAGCGACACAGAGACGUCCACCGUAUGGGAUAACGAAGGCGUGCGCACGGACUGGGACAGAAAACGCUCACGCAAGACUCACGAGCAGGACGAAAUUAGCACGGAAGCUCAGAACUCAGACGUGCUGCAGUCUCCUCUGGACAGCACGGCCAGAGAUGAGCUCUGAGCCAUGCUCUGUCCCAGAAUUUUUUUUUUUUUUUUUUUUUUUAACCUUACCACACUGUUUGUGCCUUUUGACUGACCAAAGAAAGACCUCAAGUGUUGGAUUCAAGUUUUUUUGUAUCUAUCCUAAACCUCUGUGUUUUCAGUCUUAUGAUCCUAUGAUCAUCGGUUCCCGUGACUGAAGGUUUUCCCGCCUGCAGAAGUUCACUCAUUUCAGUCCAAGAGUCAAAGAUUUGGUUCAUUUGGCACUAGUAGAGUCUAUUAAUACUAUUAGUAAUGUUAGGGAAAUCUUUUUUUUUUCUUGUUUUUUUUGCAUGAUAAUACAGCUGUUGUGUUUUUUUAUACUAUCUUGUCCAUCUAUGCAUCCACAAGGGAAAGCAUGUGUGUGGUAUCACAUUUUACAUUUCAUCAUCAUUUGUACUAAUAUAUCAUCAUGAAAACUUUACAGAAGGUCUAUCAUGAGAAGAGACAGUUGUUUUUGCAGAAGAGGCACUUGAUUUUACAGGUCAAAUGAGAUGAUGCGUAAAAGAACAAAAUAUGUCAUUGAAGCAGUCGUAUUGAGUGACAGUGUUGUGUACAUGAUACGCCUUAAAAAUGUAAAUGAAAUAACAUUUCAGAUUAAUACUAAUCAUUGUGGUGUGGUCUGUGACAAGGAUCACUGUGUGUUGACUGUUGUAGUUCUCGGUGCUUACAGGUUUCUUUCGUUCAGGGGAUUGGUCAUAGAGGUAAUUCCCCGUUAAAUGUAAUUCAAUCAGGGGAGUUCAAGUGACGAUACUGGCCAAGGUGGCACGGAGCACACUACAGUCGUUCCUGUAAGCAUUCAGUGAGAGGAACACCUGAUUCUUAAAAAUUUACAGAUAACUUGUUUUCACUUGUUGAAAGAUGUGCAUCUGUCUGUAGGAACUGUGCACACAACCCUUUACCAACACCACUUGCACAUCACAGGAAUUCAGCUAAGACCGAAUUCCUGUACACCCCAACCCCCCCACUCAUACAGUCCUGACCUCGUUCCAAGCUGUUUCUACAUGUUUGGGCCAUUGAAGGAGCCCUUUCUUUAGAAAACUUUAUACAUUGAUGGUAUCUAAGCACUAUUGAAACUCUGUGCAUUGAAACUCUGAUAAGUGCAUUAUUGUAGCAGGGGAUGAUGUCGAGAAAUAAAGGGAGUUUUUACACUCAUA